AUGGGUUUACUCAUUUCUUACGUAAUAAAUAGAUACUGGGGCAAGAAAAACGUCAGGAUAUUAAUGGUAGGGCUUGAUGGUGCAGGAAAGACGACAAUUUUGUACAAAAUCAAAUUGGGGGAAGUGGUCCGAACUAUCCCCACCGUGGGCUUCAACGUAGAAACCGUCGACUACAAAAACGUCAACUUCACAGUGUGGGACGUCGGCGGUCAGGACAAGCUGCGGCGCCUCUGGAGGCACUACUUCCUCAACACCAACGGCCUGAUAUUCGUCAUAGACUCGAGCGACCGCGACAGGAUGGACGAGGCCUCGGCCGAGCUAAAGAAAUUGCUGUUCGAAUUCGAUCUGCAACGCGCCGCGUUGCUGGUCCUUGCCAACAAACAGGAUGUGCCCGUGGCGAUGACUCCCACCGAAAUGGCACACAGGCUCGCGCUGCACGAGAUCAGGGACCGCAAGUGGCAUGUACAGGGCGUUUGCGCCUUACAGGGCACCGGGUUGUUCGACGGGUUCGACUGGUUGUGCAGUGAGGUUCAGAAUAGUUCGUAGUGUUUUCAAUCGAUGCAUUUUGGUUGUUUAGUUAGUGAUGUUACGUACAAAUGUUACUGUUUCGGUUCGCGCAAGGAAUUAAAGUUACAAAUAGG